CUGGUGACGACACGCAUGUGACAUGUGCCUGUGUCAGCUGCUGCUUGUGCAAGGAGCCUGUAAACAUGUUUAUACCUGAGAAGGGGAAGGGACGUGGCUAUAGAUGUAUACCUCUGUCUGUUUAAAGGGGAUACAAUCCACUAUAUGGCAAUAAAAAAAGAAAUGAAUUAUGUCCCGAAGUCGGAGGUUCGCUGGGAUUCGUGAGAGCCCGUUGGUAUCGGCAGGGAAUCAGAGCCUCCCGUGUGCUGCUGCAGCAAAUGGCAACUUGUGCAGUUACCAAUUACAACAGUGUGCUGGAAGCAAAUUCUGAUUCAGAUGAUGAAGACAAAUUGCACAUAGUGGAAGAGGAAAGUGUUACAGACGCAGCAGAUGGCGAGGGCAGCGUUCCAGAAGAUGACUUGCCAACAGACCAAACAGUAUUACCAGAAGGCAGCGAGAGCGGAAAAGGGAGCGGCAAAAGUUGCUGGGAAGAUGAAGAAGGAGCAGACUGCGGUGAUGAGAUCCUGGGGCCUGAAGCUGAAGCUGAUGAACUUGGAUGUACAGUUAAAGAUGAAGAAUGUGAUUCAGACGUCGAAAAUGAACAAAACCAUGAUCCCAAUGUUGAAGAAUUCCUACAGCAAAGCGACACUGCUGUGAUCUACCCGGAAGCGCCAGAAGAUGACCAGAGGCAAGGCACACCAGAAGCUAUUGGUCAAGAUGAAAAUGGGACACCAGACGCAUUUUCCCAGCUCCUCACCUGCCCGUAUUGCGACAGGGGGUACAAGCGCUUCACAUCCUUGAAGGAACAUAUUAAAUACCGCCAUGAAAAAAAUGAAGACAAUUUCAGUUGCUCGAUGUGCAGUUACACCUUCGCUUAUAGAACCCAGCUUGAUCGCCACAUGACCUCUCAUAAAUCAGGGAAAGAUCAGAGACAUGUGACGCAGUCCGGAGGCAACCGUAAAUUCAAAUGCCCUGAAUGUGGAAAAGCUUUUAAGUACAAACACCAUCUAAAAGAACACUUACGAAUUCACAGUGGAGAGAAGCCAUACGAGUGCCCAAACUGCAAGAAGCGAUUUUCUCAUUCUGGUUCCUACAGUUCCCACAUAAGCAGUAAGAAAUGUAUUGGUGUGACGCCCGUGAAUGGGCGCGUGCGUUCAGGGUUGAAGACUCCCCAAUGCUCCUCCCCUUCGCUUUCUGCUUCCCCAGGAAGUCCCGCUCGACCACAGAUCCGCCAGAAGAUAGAAAACAAGCCUUUGCAAGAGCAGCUUCCUGUUAACCAAAUCAAAACCGAACCUGUGGAUUAUGAAAUCAAGCCUAUCGUGGUGACGUCGGGAAUCAACUGUUCAGCCCCUUUGCAAAAUGGGGUGUUUAGUGGUGGUAGCCGUUUGCAGACAAUUAAUUCUCCUCAGGGUGUGGUACAAGCUGUUGUUCUGCCAACUAUGGGUCUGGUAUCCCCCAUAAGUAUCAACCUUAACGACAUUCAGAAUGUUCUUAAGAUGGCAGUCGAUGGGAACAUAAUCAGACAAGUGUUGGAAAAUAACCAUGCCAGUCUUACAUCCAAAGAACAAGGGACUCUCACCUCCGCCACAAUACAACAAGGUGGCCAUUCUGUUAUUUCAGCUAUUAGUCUUCCUUUGGUUGAUCAAGAUGGUACAACCAAGAUCAUCAUAAAUUACAGCCUAGAGCAACCCAGUCAGCUUCCAGUUGUUGCGCAAAAUUUAAAGAAAGAAGCGGCGGCUACUGCAGAAGUCUGCAAAACGGAGAAAUUGCCAGAGGAUCUCACCAUUAAAACUGAAAAAGAUACUAAGUUUACAGAAGAAAGCACUUGUUUACUUGGUGCCGAUCAUCCGGGAGACACAAAUGCACUUCAAGAACCCAAGCACUAUGAUGAGAAAAAGAACAGCCUACUUCCAGAGAGUAGCAAAGCUGAAUUUAUCAAAUCCGAGCCAUCUUCUGCUGACGGCAAUCUUACUUCAAGCCAACCACCGUUAAAAAAUCUCUUAUCGCUUCUGAAAGCUUACUAUGCUUUGAAUGCUCAGCCGAGUGCCGAGGAACUCUCUAAAAUUGCUGAUUCGGUAAACUUACCACUAGACGAGGUAACAAACUGGUUUGAAAAAAUGCAGAGUGGAGAAAUAUCCGUGGAAUCAUCUCGGCCUUCAUCUCCGAAACCCGGCCAAAACAGUGUUACAGAGAACAGUGUUGAAACUAAAGCAGAAAGCGGAUUACAGAACGGCACAAGCGUUCCACUGAAAUCCCCUAAACAAGAAACGGAGGAACCAUUAGCAGUUAAUGGUUUGGAAAGUGUCACAGCUUCUCCUACGCCACUAAACCUCUCUUCUUUAAAAAACUCAGAUGGUGCACCCUGCUCCGAUGGAACCCCAGACGCGGAGCAGCAGGCUGAGCCUCUUGAUCUAUCUUUACCAAAGCCACAUGGAAAUGUGCCAGAGCGACCUUCCAUUACUAGUGUUUACCAGAGCAGUUCGUAUUCGGUUCAAGAAGAACCCUUGAACUUGUCUUGUGUUAAAAAAGAGCCAAUGCAAGUGGACAAUGCCGUGAAAGUCGAGCCAACUCUAAUUAUUAACCCAAGUGCCAAUCCAAUAAAUAUUGCUAUUCCUACAGUCACUGCCCAGUUACCCACAAUCCUUGCCAUUACCGAUCAGAACAGUGUUCCGUGUUUAAGAGCUCUAGCUGCCAAUAAGCGAACGAUCUUGAUUCCCCAAGUGACGUACACUUACUCAACCACUGCUAGUCCUGCAGUUCUGGAACCGCAACUCAAAACCAUCCAACCUAACGGCAACCAGGAUGAAAGGCACGAUACAAGUUCAGAAGGAGUGUCAAAUGUAGAAGAUCAGAAUGACUCUGAUUCCACUCCACCUAAAAAGAAGCUGAAAAAAACAGAGAAUGGACUCUAUGCCUGUGACCUCUGCGACAAAAUAUUCCAGAAAAGCAGCUCACUGUUAAGACAUAAGUAUGAACACACAGGUAAGAGGCCACAUGAAUGUGGAAUCUGUGCAAAGGCAUUUAAACAUAAACACCAUUUAAUUGAGCAUAUGCGCCUACAUUCUGGAGAAAAGCCCUAUCAAUGUGACAAAUGUGGGAAGCGGUUUUCGCACUCCGGCUCCUACUCUCAGCACAUGAACCAUCGCUACUCGUACUGCAAGAAGGAAGCCGAGGAACGAGACGGCAUGGAGCAGGAAGAGUCUGCUCAGGAGAUCCUUAGCAAUGAGCAUGUUGAUUCCCAGGUAUCUCCAUCUCAGAUAGACUCUGAUGAGCGCGAGAGCAUUACCCGGGAGGAAGACAGUGAGAAGGAAGAGGAGGAUGAGAAAGAUACGGAUGAUGGACAGGAAGAAAAGGAACGUGUUGGAGAAGGGGACAUGGAAGAGAAUGAAGCAGAACCAUUGGCAGGUACUUUGAAGGAGGAAGAAUGUGCAGAUGAAGAAUGUGCAGAUGAAGACAAAUGUUUGGAAGAAAAGGUCACAGAAGAGAAUGUAUCAGAGGAAGACCUCACUCAGCCGUAGCCGGACUCCUCCUAUUUUCCCAAGGCGGAAAAGUCUUUUUGAAGUUAUAAUGAAAUUUAUUCUAUAAUAUACAUGCUUUUUCUCUGAAACACAGUAGCUUAAAUACUGUGAUUUCUGUUUCACUACUGUGUUAAAAAAAAAAUCCAGGUGUGCCUGAAUCUCAAACGUAGAAGUUUUUCACAGCAAUUUUAAAAAUUUAGGAAACAAGUUUGUUACAUGCAACGUCAAAGAUAUAUAUAUAUAUAUAUAUAUAUAUAUAUAUAUAUAUAUAUAUAUAUAUAUAUUAUAUAUAUAUAUAUAUAUAUAUA